GUAUUGUAGCAACGUAGGUACUCUGUGGUCACAACCAAAUCAACAAACCGCACCACCAUGGAUGUUUAUUGAAAUUUGUAAUAAGUAAUUAAAAAAGCAACCAAAUUCCAAAACUUUUAGAAUAGCAUUCAGAUUAUUUGCUUAUUGGAAAACUUUAUCAUGCCGUCAUCUAUAGUGGAACUACGUCCAGAAAGACGACUGCUAGAUCACGAAUUCGAGGGAUAUAAGUUAAACCUGCAAGCUCUGCCUCAUUUCUGUUUUGAAUUAACUUCUCCCGUCGACAGGUUGUAUCCCGAUGAAAUACAGUUUUCUUUCGUCCACGCCAAACUCUUCGCACUUCAUAACCACUUAAUUUUAGACUUUUGGGACCACCAAUAUAACUUGUACUACGUGGAUGCUUCACAACAAGUAUGUAAUGUAACAUUUGAUAAUAUCAACGGUACAUUCCAAACUGCCGUCGUUUACGAUGUUCCCGCGCAUGUCGAGAGACGCUCCGGGCAUUUUAACCUAUGUCUUGUGUUUCCUUCGAUCAGCUUAGCGGUGAUAAGCGAUGGUACAGGUUACAUACAUAUUGUCGACACAGGGACCAGGAACAGGCCUGCAGGAGACAAACAAAAAUGGAAUACUUUGUAUUCAAACUUAGUUCUUGGUGAAGGUAAAUAUUUCACUGUUAUUGAUGCUCGGAUACAAGAUACAAACAAUAUGGAAGUACUACAUUGCCUAUUACAAUCAGUAGAGCAAAAGGAAAAGCAUUUUGACUCUAUUUUGACAUGGGUAACGUUUGAAAACAAUGGUCAGUCAUGGAAACUAAAAUCAACAAAGCAAAUUCAAGGGAAAGGAAUAGUUCAUUAUGCAGCUUUAGAAACUACUUGUACAGCUCUUUAUGUGGCUUCUGAUAAUUUAUUUAAAUUUACAUUAGAUUCUGAAAAAGAAAUUGUAGUUAAACCAAAGGAUGAGCCAAAACCUAUAAUUUAUACUUGGCUGCAAACAUCUGAUGAUGUAACAAUAACUCUGAAAUUGCAAAGUAAAUUUGAUAAAAAACAAAUAUUUGUUAACGUCACACCAUUGGCAAUAAAAGUAAGUUACGCAGGUAAAGAAUUUCUGAAUGGUAAAUUAAGACAUAAGGUUGACAGUGAGCUUACAACUUGGAAUGUGCAAGAUGAUGGCCAAGUUGAUAUUCUGAUAACAAAGUCUGAGACUAUGACUUGGGAUGAGUUGAUAGAUGGAGGGGACAAAAAUGGUGAACAAAUAAUUGAUGCUAGCUUAGUGGAGGAGGUACAUAAAAGAUUAGCUCACUUAUGCUCAGAGACUGAGGUCAUAACUGAUCAACAAGUGCCUGGGCUUAAUACACAGGAGUUGGAAGAAUGUGAUGCAUCUGAGGAGGAUACUGUUUUGGUACGGAUGGAUACAAUCAACCAUGAAAUUACUCACAGGAUUUCACUCAGUGUGCACCAAUACCUAUUCAACAUUAAACUAGAAACCCAUGAAGUGCCAGCAUUAGCCCUAAGACAUGAUGUAGAUGCUUGUUUAUGGCAACCAUAUGCACAACUUAUAAACACAGAAACCUGGCCUAUGAAACAUGAUGGGACUCUUCUGGCAUUUGGUUAUGUACAGUCAUCAAAACAGAAUAGAAAGUUCAUUACAUGCUCUCCAAAUUUUAUGUACAGUGUGGUCAGUGAAGCUUCACGCCAUAUAUUUAUUUACAAGAGCAGUUCUAACCAAGACUGUCAGUUACGAAGAAGAUCUGAAGGUAUAAUGAAGAACAUAAAAAUUGGUCAACAACAUGUUGUGAAUAUAGAUAAAUAUGGUGAAGUUUUAGGCAUUAGUGCUACAAAUGAAUAUUUAUUUGUUCUAACAGAGACCACUUUAAUAGCUAUAGGAGUUUAAUGGUGAAUAAAUAUGUGUUUGUUUGCUUAAACUCUUUA